AUGACUGUUAAGACAGGGCGCCAGAUUGGAAAUAGGUUGGGCCAAUGCAUUGAUGUGAUGGAAGGAGCAGAUGGUGAAUGUUUGGGUAGGUAUUUGUGUAUUAGGGUUCGGUUGGAUGUAACCAAACCUCUUCGCAGAGUGAUGAAGCUGCAAUUUGACCACUCUUUAGAGGCAGUGAUUGAGUUCAAAUAUGAACGACUACCUGAUUUUUGUUAUGUUUGUGGGAGGAUUGGCCAUGUAGUCAAGGAGUGCAAAAUUGUGGGUGCCAUAGAGAAGGAAGCAAAAGAAAAGCCUUAUGGUUCUUGGUUACAUUCGAAGUUUGAGGUGGGGAGGGGGAGAACUAUCAGUCCAAGGAAGCAGGAGGAAGAGAGGAAUAGUCAACGAUCUUUUGGGAAUAAAGAAGGAGAUUGUUCAGGAGUAUGUGGAGAUAAGGGGCCUAGAGGUGGGCCACAUGGGCAUUAUUUUAAACAUAAGGAACAUGGUACUGGUGGUUCAGUUACAAUUGAGGAUGAUUUAGUUGACAAUGCAUCUUUGGCAAAUAGAUUCAAGUCCAAAAGGGGGGCAGUGAAGGGAGGAAUAAAUUCACAAUCUGUGAAGGGGAAUUCAUUGGCUGACAAAUUGGCUGAGGCUGCUCGCCGACGGAAGGCAGAAGAAGACGAAAUUCAACGAGCGUUGCGCGAGGCAGCUUGGGAGACAGCACAAGCAGUAGCUGCUGAUAAGUCAUAUACCAUGCCUAAAAUUCUGAGUGAUCAGGAAAAUAGAAGGGGAGGUGAUAUGAAAAGCAAGGGAAAUGGAGCUGUGCUGAUAAAUCAGAUAGACACUCAACAAGAUGAUGUUGGGUCUCUUUCGAGAGACAAUGUUAAGACAGUAGCAGAUUGUUUUCAUAAGAUAUUGGGCACAUUAAAAAAUAAUGAGGAUGCUAUGGUACAAGGAGGGGCACAAGCUGAUGCAGAGAAUGAAUUGAAAAGUGAACCUAAGAAAGUGGAAUCAGUAGAUAUGGCUAAUAAAGUUGAACAAUAUGCACUUAUGCAAAUUGAUAAUGUCAGCGGUUCUGAAACAAGAGGAGAGGAAUUGGUUAAAGCAUGUGGAGGGAGAUGGAAGCGCAAAGCACGACUAGUGAAACCGAUUGGAGAAAAUACAGGUAGUGGGCUGGAUAACAAUGUGGGAAAGGAGGGGGGAAAAAGAAAAUGUGAGGAAGAGAUUGUUACAAAUACAUUUGUAACAAAAAAAGUGAAGAUAGAGAAAGAGGUUAAACUUGUUGAGAUAGAACACGUGGUGGGACCCAGUGGGACUGGCCCACCACGAACAAUGAGAAUUUUAAGUUGGAAUGUCCAGGGUUUCGGGACCCCUGGGACGUUCCAUUCUCUCAAGCGUAUUUUGAGGGAGAAAAAACCCGAGCUGUGGGAUUAG